AUGCUGGAUCUUAAUCCUGGCCAACCUGACCCGCCAUUUGAAGAUGAAUUGUAUAAGGUACUAAGAGUUGUACCUUGAAAAGGGCCUUUUUUUACAAUUCAAGAAGCUAUUAAUGCAGCAUCGCCUGGUACUAGAAUUAUGAUUGCUUCAGGAUUAUAUACGCAAAAUAUUACAAUCAGUAUACCUGGUUUAGUAUUGGAGCCACAGGAGCCGGAGGGACAGGUCCAAAUUACUUGUCCCCAAGGUCCUAUAAUAACUGUUUCCCUAAAAGACAGUGAGUCCUGUACAAUCAAAGGAAUAAAAAUAAUCCAUACUUCAACAGCAGGCAAAAGACAAGAAAGCUUCAGUAGCGCUACUGAUGAAAGCUUUUAUGGCCUAUCUGAUACCCAAAAAGGCAGCGAGCAUUGAAUUAGGUCACUAAAGAUUUCUAGAAACAUGAGCUGUGGCAUCUGGGUUGACGGUGGAGUCGCCACCCUUGAGAAUUGCAGGAUUUCUUUAGCUUCUGCUAAGUCUCCACUCACAGGCAUCGUCUGUAGCAAUGGACACUUAAACCUAGACCGAUGCUUAGUUAAAGGAAACGAAGAAGUCCCCACUGUAGGAGUUUAUGUUAGUGAGGCAAACCUCACCUGCAAAAAGUCAAAAAUCUUUAACCACAGAGGCGGAGGGCUCAUUUUAUACGGAACUCCUUUCAGCUCUAUCUUUAUUUCAGAGUGCCAAAUCGCCAAUAACAUGAAUUGUGGCAUUUUCUGCUCAGGCGAAGAAUCAAGACCAACAAUCCAAAGAAGUGUAAUCUCCAAUAACGACGGGUCAGGCAUCAGAGUUGGUCUUUUCUGCUGUGCACAAAUAAAAGGCAAUGAAAUCAAAAAUAAUGAAAAAGGCAUCGAGGUCGAUAACGGCGACCCUUUUGUGUUUUUAAAUAUCAUAAAAUCGAACCUUGGAGAAGGCUGCAUUUUUAAAGGUGACAAAGAGCUCAGAUGUGAUGGGAAACUGAUGAGCAACGAUAUUUUUGAAAACGAUAAAGGGAUCGUCUGCGAAGGCCCCACCUGCCGCACUGUCAUAGUGGGCAAUGGAAAAAUUUCUAAUAGUAAAAAAACUGGGAUUGAAGUCAGGGAUAAUGCCCAUUGUGUGAUCCUCAAGAACGAUAUUUUUGAGAAUGGAACACAAGGGAUUUUACUUGUAAAAGGAUCUUCGGCUCAUAUAGAAAGGAAUAGCGUCCAUAAUAAUCUGAAGGCGAAUAUUGCCUUUGGGGGAUGCGAAAAUAGUGAUACCACUAUUAUAGAGAACUCAAUUUUUAGGAGCAAAAGUGAAGGGAUUUUUAAUUGCCAAGGAGGGGUGUCGUGGAUAAAGAGGAACCAUAUAUAUGAAAAUAGUGAUGGGAUUUUGGUGGUGGAUAGCCACCCUGUUAUUACAAUGAAUUCUGUUUAUGAUAAUAGAAGGAGCGGGAUUGUGGUAGCAGGAAGUAGUCAGCCAGAUGUAUAAAUUUAUUAUAUUUUUUGCCUUGAUAUUUUAUUUAUAAUAUUAUAGUGCCUGACUCCUUAUUGAUUUCUGAGGAAAAAUGCCCGAGAAGAAAAAUUCCUUUUGACAUUUUAAUAUAAUCUGAAAAGUCAAAUUUAAAACUAACAAAUAGAAGAUAUAAAAGAUGAAAUUUUUAAAUUUUAUUUUGAAUUUUUUAGAUUUUUUUCUUGAAUAUCUAUAAAGGGUAGUGCUAUAGACUAUUGAUUUUAGUAAGAAAAAAUAUGAUUAAUAUACAAAAAAAUUAAAAAAUAAGGGAAAAGAUAUAGAAGAUAAUGAAGUGCUGAGGAACACAGCAGUCGGGAUAUGUGUGAGAGAUUUAUCUGCAGGGCUGAUUUUGAGAAACUAUGCUUUUGGAAAUUUGGUUCAGAUGGCGAUAAUCACGAAGACGAAGAUGAAUAUCAAGCAAAUUAAACGAGAAAAUUAUAUAAAGGGAGAGGUUCAGCUUCCUCUCCCAGUUAUGUGCUCGUUAUUUUAA